GGUCGGCGGUGCCUGCGGCGGCGGGCGCAGAGCGCGAGGGGAGGAGCGGGAGGAGGCGGAGGAUGUUCCCGGCGGCUGCGGCCGGGGCAGCGCGGGCCAGAGGCGCGGCGUGCGGAGCCCUCGGCUGCCCGGCGGAGCGCGGCGGCGGGCUGGCGGGAAGGCGCGGGCUUUGCGCUGCGCCGGGGACUCUGAACCCGAGUCCCGGGCUUUGUCUCCUGCGCUGCUUUCGUGGUGACGGUCAGGGGGCGCCCGGUCGGCGAAAGGCGCGGGCCGGACGCCGCGGGGCUUGGUUCCGGGCCGGGACGCUGCGCUCUGAAGGGAAGGCGCGGACAAAAAAAGACCAAAUGGCAAAGCAACCUUCUGAUGUAAGUUCUGAGUGUGACCGAGAAGGUAGACAAUUGCAGCCUGCGGAGAGGCCUCCCCAGCUCAGACCUGGGGCCCCUACCUCCCUACAGACAGAGCCACAAGGUAAUCCUGAAGGCAAUCACGGAGGUGAAGGGGACAGCUGCCCCCACGGCAGCCCUCAGGGCCCGCUGGCCCCACCGGCCAGCCCUGGCCCUUUUGCUACCAGAUCCCCGCUUUUCAUCUUUAUGAGAAGAUCCUCCCUGCUGUCUCGAUCCUCCAGUGGGUAUUUCUCUUUUGACACAGACAGGAGCCCAGCACCCAUGAGUUGUGACAAAUCAACACAAACCCCAAGUCCUCCUUGCCAGGCCUUCAACCACUAUCUCAGUGCAAUGGCUUCCAUGAGGCAGGCUGAACCUGCAGAUAUGCGCCCGGAGAUAUGGAUCGCCCAAGAGUUGCGGCGUAUCGGAGACGAGUUUAACGCUUACUAUGCAAGGAGGGAUCCAAGAACACCCAGCUCUUGAACAUGAACACAUUUCCAGGAUGUAGAACAGUGCCUGGCAUGCUACAGAUGUUGAAUUAAUGGUCAGAUGAUUGAACACAGGAAACCAAUAUUUAAACCACAUCGGUCUGACUUCAGAGCCCUUCUGUCUUCUCACACUCCACAUGCCUUCUUUCAGCAGACAGAAUUCUGGAGGAGUUCAGGGUAGGAGAGGGCUCUAUGGGUGGGAGGGUCAGAGAAGGCUUCCUGGAUGAAGAAAGCUGGAUUUAGAAAGGGGCAAUCCAGCUGUCCGCCAUGUCCUGCCUUCUGAUCCCACCAGGCCCGGUGCCACUCUGCCCCAAUCAUGGUGAAAUGACAUUGAGUCUGACUUGAACUUGCUCCUCACAUGCAUCUAGACUAUGGAAGAAGAAAACUGAUAUCAGCUCCUCUGCUGGCACCUUCUUUUCAGGCAUUCAGAAGUCUUUCGAGGCACCUGUGCCUUCCACUCACUCCCCACCUCUGGCUAUCUCCAUUCCUUACCACCCUCCAAAUCCUGCUGGCUUCAAGGCCCAGCCCCAGCCCUCCUCCAGGAGCUCUUACCCAGCCCUUCUGCAGACCCUCCACUCCUUAUCAUCUUGUGUCUCAGGACUCUGCUUUUCUCCCCUGCACUGGCAUUGCCUUGCUGGCUUCUUAGGGUGAGUUAGGUUGCACUGCAGGAACAAACCAACCCAGCUCUCAGUGGCCAAGUGAUGGGCAUGAUCAGGGCAAGGGGCAAAGCCUCGUACCACAAGCUGACCCUGGUUUGGUGGGAGUCUCUUCUCCCCAUCAUCCUCUUUCAAAGAUAGUGGCUGACAGAGUCUCUGCCAUCUGGAGCAUUGCCAGGCAUCAGGGCAGGAAGAAGGGAAUGUGGGAAAUUCUGCAUCAGCUCUUAGAAGCACUCGCCAAGUGCUUCAUGCCUCUUCUGCUCACGUUUUACAGGCUAGAGCAAUCACAUGGCCAUGCCUAACCUGAAAAGUGAGGAGAGGUGGGAAGCAGUGAGUGCAAUCCUAUGAUGUGGUCAGAAGAAGCAGCAAUGGAAACAUUGGUGGAUAAGCCUUGUGGCUACCAUACCACAUUGAAGUUCCAAAAAGUUGGAGGCUGUGUUACUUGUUAUGCUUUCUCUUCACUGCAGUGCUUAGCCUGUAGCUUGGGCAAAGAUGCCAAGUGAACUAGGACCACCUCCAAGCCUGGCAAAGACUUCCUUUCCUCUAAGAGAGGCUAUGAUGCAAGAGGUAGUUGAGAAUUUUUGAGAAUUUUGGCUGAAGCUAUCAAAACGCUGGCAGGGCUUUGUAUAAAAUUUAUGGGAGCUGACCUCUCCUUGAUCUUUAGUUUUGAGUCUCAAACCCCUUUUCUUUUUCUGUUAGUAUUCAACCCCCUCCACCUUCACCCCCAUCUUCUAGGUCUCUCUAGAACCGUCCCUGGUUCGACUGUUCAGGUUGAACAAUCUUCUGCCUGACCCAGAGAGCACAAAGCAACUCCCUUCUGUUGGCUGUAAUGUGUGAACGCUGAGCACUUCUCAAAGGCCAAGCACUGAGUUCAAUGCUCUCUCAGAUCAUUGGAUUAAUUAUUGUCACAAAUUAGCUGGUGGAAGCUCCACUGUUCAGGGGAUUUCACAGAGGAGGACUCUAAGGUUUAACAACUGACCCGAGGCACUUGGCUGGUGGGCAGUGUCUCUGGGCACCUCCCUAGCUGACUCUCCUAUGCCACCUGCCUCGUGACCAGGCACAUGGCCGAAGGGGUGAGUGGGUGCCAAAGGUCGACCUUGAAGCGUGUCACCCGCUCCCUGGGGAACUAAGUGUUCUGUGUGGGGGCUGAAGUGCAGAGAUAAUAGUGGAAUUUACCUCUCAAGACUGCAGGGCUAAGUGUGACUUUUGUUUGAUAAGCUUGGGUUUUAUGUCUUUAGGAGCAAACAAACAAACCAUAAAGUGGCAGUCUGUUGGAGUGAGUCCCAGCUGAGCUUGCAGGAAGGGAGAGGCUCUGGGCUCUGCCCCUGGGGAAGAGUGAGAGAGGCAGGCACAGUGCGGGUGGGGGAGACUCAUAGAGCUUCCCUUUCCUCAUGUGAAAAGUAAAUCAGAUUCUAUGGUAAUAACCCAAAGCUCACUUAAAAGGCUCAUUAAUGAGGAAAACAAUAGCAGUAAGAACAAUGGCUAUAUUACACUGAUGCCAUGUGCCAGACAAGAUACUGAGAACUUUCUAUAUAUCAUCUUUUUGAAUUAUCCCAUUUUAGAUAUGAGGAAAGUGAGGAUUAGGCAUUUAAAAUGUGCCCAAGCUCAUACAGUCAGUGAGUGACAGAGCUAGGUUAGAAGCCCAGCAAGACGUCCAGGCCCCACGCCCAGCCACUAAGCUUUACUGUGGAAUGUUGACAGUGAUGAUGUAAGAGGGGGUGGCGCUGAUAAAGAUGGCCAUGAUGAUGAUGAUCAUGACUCCAAACUCUUUGCUAACUAGUUACUCCAUUCUUAGCCUCUUCUAGAAGUGCAAGCCUCCCCUGGCUGCCCAGCCAUAGGGGAUAAGUAGCUUUGCUUGUAGGGAAGAGGUACCAGGUGAGCAUGAGCACUCCUUUACCUGUUCAGUUCCAUUUCCAGGGAACGCUGUGCAGCUCCAGCCUGGGAGGCCACCCGUGCAGACGUGCUGAAGGAAGACACUUCCCAGGGCCGUGUUGAUGCAAACUCUGUGGAGCACAGCUCCCCGUGCCCUGAGGUGUUUUCCUGGCUCUAGGCUCUGGCCAGCCCUUUUCCCUCCAACCUAGCAUGGUUCCCUCUGCUUCAUCUCAUCUGCCCAGCCUGGAAUGCGCUGCCUUGACCUUUCCACCUGCUUAAAGCCUACUCAUCCAUUAGGGCCCAGCUCAAGAACAUGUGGUUGGUUGCUUUGUUCUUCCAUUCGUUCACUCAUCCAUUCAUAUUUUUCAAUCAUGUUUACGAAUCUCCUGCAAUGUAUCAAGUAUGUGUGGUGUAGAGGGAUGAGCAUGGGUUGGGGGUGCCAGGCAUAGGUUCGAUCCUGUCCCUUCUCAGCCAUGUGACUGAGCAAGUUGCUCCCUGAGCUUCAGUUUUCCCAUCUGUAAAAUGUGGAUCAUCAGUGAGACUCUGUGAGCCCAGAGAACCAUAAACACUAACUUUCCCCCACAAGUCCCCUCUGUCACCCCCUCUCACACCCUCUCUGCAUCCCUAGCUCCCCCUGGCCACUGCUCAAGUGGGAGCACGCUAAUUCAGCAAGUCAAUCAAUGGUCACAAGGAAGAUGCCAGGGCCGAGGGCUGGUCUUCUCUUAACUGUAGCAUUAAGACCAUGACUAGAUUCAAGGUAAAGUCUCAACAAGAGCUGGUUGGCUCCCCAGACCACUGUGCAGUUCCGUGGAACACAGGCCUUCCUGGGUGUCCAGAUCAGAGUCAGGGGAGGUAUGCAGGCCUUCAGGUCUUAAGGGCCAUCCUGCUGAAGACUUGUCAAGAGAAGGGAGCACAGCUCCCUCCUGCUCCCAUCUGAGCCAGCCUAGGCAGGGCCAGCACUUGGUGAUGAUGACAUGUCCCAGUCAGGUGCCUGACUGGUGAAGGCGCCUGGUCUCCCUCUAUGUUCCAGUAGAGACUCCAUGUUCAUCCUGAUGGAGACCGGCCCUCUGAGGGGAGGGGAGGCCACCUUGAAGGCCCUGCCCUUGGCCUGGCAGAGCCUUUUCCUCCUUAGGGGCUGACUCAACCUCAUGAGGAUGGACGAGCUUCUCAGGAAGGGACCCCAACCACCAAGACUGAAACCCUCCUUCCUCCCGUAUUGGCAGUCAUUCUCAUUUACAUUGGAUGCAGUGGUCACCCAUUGCCCAGUCUUUCUAAUAUGCCUGGCCUCUUCUCUGUCUUAGCCAUGCAGGACAAAUGCAAAGGGCAGCUAAGAACCUAAUUUAAAAAGCCCGCAGGCAAAAGGGCACUGGGUCGAGACACCAAUGCCUGGUCCCUCUGGGGAUGCACUUACAUCAUCUGAGAAUUUCUUCCCAAAUGAGAGAGGAAGAGACAGAGCUGCAAAGGAAGGGAGGAAGAAAAAGGAAAGCUCAUGACAGGGAGAGACUGAGAAAGGGACAAAGUAGGCCCUGUGGGUGCAGCCCAAACCGGCCCACAUGGGCUUUGAUGACAGAGCCGAGGAUUUGCCUUUUGCUCAGAGGAAGGGAGGGGGCUUCAGGGCGGCUCUGGGGCUGCAGAGUCAGAGCCCAAGCCCCUAGCAGGUCCCCCAGCCCGGGAGGCAGAGUGUGCAGCCAGGGCAGCCUCUGGACACCAUCAAAUUGCACACAAAAACCUGGGGCCUCCAUGGGAACUGCAGAUUAUACAGAGUGAGUGGGGAGGAGGGCAGGGGAUUGAAAUUUUAUUCUUUCUUCCUCCUUCCUUGAAAAUUCCGAUCACUAAAAGUAAAAACAUACACACACAUACUCACUCACACACUCACUCACCCAUGCACAUACCUCUUCAACGCCUGGGCUAUUCCAUCUUUGCCAAAAAGAACCAAGAUGUUAUCUGUGAGGUAUGUCUGCACUGAACUUAGACAAGACCAAACCUACAUCCUCUCUCCUUGCAAAAAAAAAAAAAAAAUUGCAUUUACUUUUCUUCCAAAUCCAACAAAAAUAAAUUUAAAAUGUUAGAAAUAGUUACUGAGCUUCUAGAAAUUGUUAUAGUACCGAAAGUGAGGAAAUUAAUUGUUACCUGGCCCAGGCACUUCACUUUCGCCUAAGCCCCAAAUAAAAUGGAUUUUUCCUCUU